CAGGACCAUCGUCACGGACCAGUGACCCAAUGACCUGGUUUCCUGAGUAGUACCAUCGUGCCGUCUUCUGCUUCACUGAAAUCCACGCGAAUCGAUUCAGUGUUGGAUCUAACGAGUACUGCUGGUACUAUUCGCGCUAUUUCUUUGCCUGUUUAUUGCUGGUCGUGUGUUCUGGAAUUUUUGUGCCUCAAACCAUGGGAGCUGCCACUGUUUUGGGCUAGGUGGUACCUAAGGAAAGUUAUACGGAAUGAUCCUCUCACAAUGGACAAACAAUGGUUUCAAGCCAGAAGCCACUUCCUCAAAAUCACCCUCCUCCUAUUCUCCUGCACGAUAAUCCUCGCUACCAGUACUACCGAGCAAGAAGUACAAGAUGACAGCAUCCUGAACAGAGAGCUCAAGGACUACGUGGAUAAGGUGUUCAGCGUGGAUCAGUUCAGCAUCGUGCCAGGCGUGAGGAUAGAAAGAGCUCUCAAUGGCAGUGCAGCAGACAAAGGACAACCACGUGACACGGCGAGGAGUGGGGAUAGCGUGGAGGAGUACUUCGUACGGAAGAUUGGGAGAUAUGUCGACGGUCACGUGAUUCUGGUCAAUGUCGACGAGACGGCGAGGUUCUUGUCUUCUUCUCCAGCAGCUGACACGGCUGCAGCAGUAUCCGCAGAUGCAGGCAAAAGCUCCUUCUUAACCGGUUUCGGAAUGGGUUUCCUGGCUAUGUUCCUCAAGAAACUUCUUCUGCCGGUGUUUAUAGGAGCUCAGCUUGUCAAGAGCGUACUGAUCGCCAUGUUCCUACCGUCCAUCCUAGGCGGCCUUGGGAAGAUAGUAGGGAAGGGAUUGUCGACUUUCUCAGGGAUAUCAGGCGCUUCCACGGGCAUCAACCACCAACAGAACCACGAAGAAAUGGAGGAUUUCGAGUUCAAGGACGUGGAUCCGUAUAGCAACGAUGCUGCUAUUGGGGCGGACAUUAAUAAUGAAGCUGAUGCUACCAAUCAGCUUUCUGUGAUUGAUACGAGCACAAUGACGUCAGCCAAUAGCAGAUUCGGCAACUCCAACCAAAGAUUCUCACUGGCCACUCCUCAACGCAGCGACAAUUACUACCUGCGUCGACCCCACAAGAAAACAGACUACAAGGUGUUCCACAAGAUCCCCGAUUCGUCCCUGCUUCUGACCAGCUACGACCCGUUCUACAGCCCGCUUCUGUCCCGCCUGGACGCGGUCUUCCAGCAACUGGGCCUGGGAAACAGCAAGUCCCCUGAGACGGAGAGGUGCAGGGAGAGGAUGGUGUGUCUUAUGUAUGCCAAUCCUGCGAAGUAUGCUCCUUACAGCAACUUGCUGUCUGCCCAGCUCAGCAGGGAGCUGAAUGAACUUCGCAGACCAUCUUCAGACAACCCGGACAUCCUGCGAUUCUUCAGGUACAUGAAAGCUGCCAAAGACGGUCAAGAUGGCGAGGAAUGUCUGACCCAUGGAGGAUGUUCUUCCUUGAACGCGCAAAAACCUAGUCCUGCUAUGCUCACUACUUUUAACGAUAUCAAUAAGUUAGUUUUAGCCAGAAAACUGAAUUGAACCUUUCUGUCCUAGUGACGCCAUAUGGUCACAUCACCAAUUUGAAGACCACUGUGGAUUGAUUAUACAGUUCUGCUUCAAAAAAGAUGGAAAAUGGCAUACUCAAUCUGGGUCACGUGACUUUCGUUACAUGUCAAAAGUGACAUUUUUUUCAAAUUAUUCGCUGAAAUUAGGCUUAUUUGUUCGAAUAUCAAAAAAGUUUACUUGAAAAAGUUGUUUCUAUUGCAAUUUCACACAUGCUUCUCGAAUUCGAUCUUUCUAUUGCAUUUUUUAGAUUUUGAUUUUUUUUUAAUUUUUCGAAAUUUCUGUAAUAUUUGAAGAAUUGUCAAUUCCACGAAACUACUCCAUACCAGUAGCUUUUUCAUGCUACUCACUUUCAAUUACUUAUUAUCACUGAUUAUGGACAGAAAUAUGAUUUUCUUCAGAAAAUGAUAAUACCCGCUUCCAAAUUCUGUUAUGUUUGAUGCAAAGUUGAUAUAUCGUC